CAUAGAUAAUACACAAAAACAUUAAGAAAAUAUUAGUUACGGAAAGUAGGUGAUUGAAUCCGAAAAUGUUUUUCUUUUAUAGUAUUUUGCGAACUAAUAAUAAUUUACGUUGAUAUCUAAAGACACCGAAAACACAGUAUUCGACGAAAGACUGUUUUGAUGAAUUUUCGAUGAGAAACUAAAAAAUUGAUUGAUUUUUAUUGCGUUGGCACCGCUUCCACACUUCCAAGAUGCAACGGAAACCAGGCUUCCCAGUCACUAAUUGCAAUAUAAAAAUGCCCGACUGCUCACCAAAUUUGCCAAAUCCUGACAACAUGCUUGAAGAUGACCAUGAGCAGCAUCAGCGUAGACAACAGCUCAUCAACUAUGGUCACUCGCAGUGGGGUUUCAACAAUUGGAGCUGGAGUGUCACCAAACAAGAAUUGGAUUUCAUUGACUUCAACAACGGGAAGUAUUACGCCGGCGUCGUCGCUUUUGUAUCGAUCAAAGUAAAGAGUUUCGAUAUAUACAGGGAAAAUAUUGGCUACGCCACUUCAUUCGCCACCACUAAAGGAUUUGCUAUUUACAAGUCACGGAAGUGUGCGGUAACAAAUGCUCUUCGAGAGACACUUCUCAGCUUUGGAGGCAGCGUUGCUGCUGAUCUGAUUGACCUAUUAGAAAACAAAACUGAGUCUGUCCUUAUUGGAACAGAAUCCCACUCUGAAAAUAACUUGAACAUUGCCAACCGGGCUGAGCUGAAGCCGUCUCCCGUGAAACCGAGGAAAGAGGGUGCUCCAGUGGCUCGUGCGCAGCCCAUGCUGGCGGCACUACCGCCCCGCGCUCCGCCACCCGCACCGCAGCCCGUUCCCGCGCCCCCUGUGAGGCCUAACUCCAACGUAAGUUUCGUACUACAACCGCUACAAAUGUACGCUCCAAGGCUAGCACCUCCACCAGUGGGUGCUCCGGUAUUCCCCAACUACUACGAGUGCUCUGGUCCGUGGCACUUCGCCUACGAGUCUUACGACCGCUCCCCUCCCAAUGUGAACCUUAACUUCGGCAUGCCAGCCAAGAACCUCGUGGUCGGCGGUCGGCCCCCCGAGCCUAAUCCCCCGCAGGGUUGCUGGAUCAAACCGACCAUUUUUUACGACGGCUUCUGGACGGAACAGAAAGUGAAGAAAUGGGUCGCGGAGCAGGUCGAGAAGAGGUUUCCGGACGACGCGGGCCACAAGUCAACGUCUCCGGGUGACGUCCAACCGGAGUCGAAAUCGUAGUUUUAGUUGUGCCACAAAAUCAUUCUCUAGACCUCUUCUAGACGUGUAUCAAUUAAAUGAUUGUUGUUCGUUGACUACAUCAGAAUAUUUUACAGUUAUAAAGAUUUAAUAUGAAUUCAGUAAUGUUAACUAUGUGUAAAUAACUUAGCAUCAGUAACAAUAAUAUUAAGCGGAGUAAGCCGGUUAUGUCCGGAAAUCGUACAGUUAGUACCGUAGUACCGUUAGUACAGUAGUUAUCCGUGAACAUUGUAGUAUUUCAUCAGAUAUUUUUUUUUAUCUGACUAUCAUCUUAGUUUGACUGUAUGGCCUAUAUUCCCUUUGCCAGCUAGAGAUGUUCGAUCACGAUGACAAAAAAAUGCAUAGCCCAGAACGACAAAAAUACAUUAAUACA